AUGGACUUUAUUCGACGCCAGCGUAGCUCACCCACUCAUGAUGCGAAUACGCGACAUUGUUUGUGUGGCGCGGACGCUGAUCUGAUCAUGCUUGGACUGGCCACACACGAGCCCUAUUUCACCAUCAUUCGGGAAGAGUUCAAACCGAAUCAACCAAGACCGUGCGAACUGUGCGGUCAGAUUGGCCACGAAAUGGAGGAUUGUGUGGGUGCACCAAAGGAGGACGAAGAACUGGAUGAUAGUCCGCCUCCCCUUCCUAGUGCCGAAGCUUGGGAUUUAGAACGAGUUAUUGAUGAUUGGGUGUUCAUGUGCUUCUUCGUGGGCAACGAUUUUUUACCUCAUCUUCCUAGUCUGGAAAUCCGCGAGGGAGCUAUUGAUCGCUUGAUCGAGAUCUACAAAUCAACUGUUCAACAUACCGGUGGUUGGUUGACUGACAGUGGGAAAGUAAACAUGCCCGGAGUGCAAAUUAUCAUGCAGGAGUUGGGCAAGAUGGAGGAUGAUAUUUUCAAAAAUCGUCGUCAAUCUGAACUAAAUUUUCGGCGACGGAAACGCGAUCACAGUGGCUCACGUGGCCCCUAUUCCAGUCCUAGUCCGCAGCGAGGUGGGCAGCGACCACAGUGGAAUAAUGCCCCAGCACCGCAGUCCGGCCUACUUGCCCCUGUCCCACUGGGUGGUCGAUACGGAGUGGCCCAUCCACAGGGACGUUAUCGUGGUGCUUCAGUCACGGCAGAUCAAGUGCAUCAAGCACGUCAGUUUCACAACUCCUCUCAUAAUGUGGAUUGGGUCGAUCGGAAUUUGAACAAUCUGGAGGCAGCCACGGCGAUGAAAGCCAUGCUCAAACCCCGCCGUUCCGGUGAGAAAUCCUCUCCCAAAGGGCCCGAUGAUGACACAGAAGUGGAUGAAUACGGUCCGAGUGCUGCACACAAACCGAGACUAGAAAAUGCCGACUCGAAAAAAGGACGCCUUGGCGGAUCAGGUGCAGAUGUAGUAUUGAAAAAACCAGCCCCCGGUUCCGAAUUCGACGUGGACGAGAUAGUUGAUGCAAACGAUGAGGUCCGGUUGUGGGAGGAUGGAUGGCGCGCUCGAUACUACCAGUCCAAGUUUGGUGUCGACCCGGAGGAUGCGCCGGAAUUUUGUAUUCAAGUUGGCCGCGAGUAUGCCCGUGGAUUGUGCUGGGUACUUGCCUACUACUAUCAAGGCUGUGCCUCCUGGGAUUGGUAUUAUCCGUACCAUUAUGCCCCAUUUGCCAGUGAUUUUCAAGGAGUCGACAAAUUGGACCCUGGUUUUGAUAAGGUACAAACGAAGCCAUUCCGUCCUUUGGAACAACUUAUGGGUGUUUUCCCCGCAGAUUCCCGAAGUCAUGUACCUCCGGCUUGGCAGGAUCUAAUGACCGAUCCAGAUUCACCAAUCAUUGACUUCUAUCCGACCGACUUCAAAGUUGAUUUGAACGGCAAACGCUACCUGUGGAUGGGUGUCGCCCUUCUACCAUUUGUUGACGAGGUUCGUUUGUUAAAAGCACUUGACUCACGAAGACACCUUCUAUCCGAAGAAGAAUUGGCUCGGAACGUACGUGGUCCGGAUCGACUGUUCUGCCGUGCCACUCAUCCACUCUGUGCACUGCUCGAGUCCCUGUACGAGGAUGGAAAAAAGAAAACGAAAAUGAUCGAAGCAUUGGCCAAAGUGCCCGAUGGUGCGGCACCCGUGCCAGAGAACGCGGAUGUGAUUGAACCGAAGUUAACGUGCGGUGUAAGCGGGCGCAUCUGGCCAGAUUACCAAUGUGCUUAUUUGCCCGGCACCCGGGUCCCAAGCGGUGUGCCGUCUUUGUUACCGGAUCUAAAGCAAUCCCACACAAUCUCCGUAUGCUUUGCAGACCCAUACUACCCGGACGGGUUUGUUUUCCCGGCUCGUCUAUUAGAAUCAGUUAAAUUACCCCCACCGGCGCACUUGCAGCCCCCGCAACGUGGACGUGGUCGUGGUUUUGGAGGUGGUCCUGGUGGCCGUGGUCGUGGCCGUGAUUCCGAUUCGUCCUCAGACCGUGGUCAUCGACGAUUCAGUAGUGACUCUGCAACACAAUACUAUGCUCGAGACUCGUCCUCUGAUCGAGACCAAUCACCAUCGACCAAUCGGCCAAUGGAUCGGAUGAUUCGCCACGCAUUGUCGAAUAAUGCAACUAACAAUAGUUCACGGGAUUUCGUACCACGUUGGGGCUCCGUCCCAAGUCGCGGUCCUUCGGUUCCCCCUAAUCCAUACGCUGGAGGUUUCAAUCAGCCUUCGUACGGAUCGUCUUCAACCAGACCAAAUUACGGUGGGCACUUUAAUCAGCCCUAUCAAACGGCUCCUUGGCCAAGAUCGGGUGGUGGUGGUGGUGCUCGCGGAGGUCCACCGAACCGAGGUUGGCGACGACCUUCUCAGCACUAUGGACGCUACUGA